AUGUCAGCGCCCUUAGCCUCGAGAUCAGAAGGAAAGACAGAAGAACAAGCCGUCGCAGCACCAUCCCCAACCACCAGCUUGCCCUCUAGCGACACAGGCCCAAAAUGGGGAGAUACUCUUCUCUUCUGGUUUGACUGGGGCAUUAAAGUCCUCGGCGUAGCCGCAGCAGUAGUUUUCGGCAUCUGGGCACCAUUAUCCUACCAAGCCGCCAACGAUGCCAGUACGAGCGGCGAUGCUACUCAAAGCUCGAUAUUACAAGCAGCAUUAUCAGCAAACUCGCAAGCGGCGAGCGCGCUCAGCGCUCAGAAUUCUCUGGCGGCGAAGCAAAGUCUUGCGCUUGAGGACUUGAACCAGCGAAUCGGGGCUAUUGGCCAGCUGUGGCUGUUAGACUUUUGUGUCAUUAAUACGGCAUUGGCAGCUUGUAAAUCUUUUACAAGUCAAGUACCCAUUAUCAGUCUUGUGAGCUAUCUCGCCUCCCCGACUACAACGUUUUUGACGUCAACCGCUGGAAUGACGUCAACCGCUGUAACUGUACCGACAGGCACUUUCCCAACCACAAGGCCUUUGACAUCAACCGUUACAAGUCGACCGUCAGUCACCCCUAAUCCUGGGUUGGGAAGUUCUCGGCCAAAGGCAACUCUGUCGCUCCCAGCUAUUCUCGGAAUUGUGUUUGCUGUCAUAUUAUUCCUAGGUGUUAUCGCGGGGAUGUUUGUUUCUCGGUUCAAGAGGUCGAGAAGCAGAGCGUACGAAGAGUCAGCAUAG